AAACUUUAGAUUAAAAUUUCUUCCUAAGUCAUUGGACUUUGGCACCGUAUCGUUCACCUAAAGCGUGAUUCUUAUCUUCUUGGUCUCUGCCCCCAAAUUGUUACUGGUGUCAGCUUCUACUGUUGUAUCCAAUUAGUUAACUAUAUCAAUUAUUUAUUUGUUUAAUCAUUUGAAUUUAUUUAAAUUGGCAUUAUAAUGUGCAUAUAUAUGUAUGUGGCAAUUGUAAUGUUAAUUUGAGCUAUUAACUUAGGGGGGUGAUUUAGAAAAGGAAAAAGUUGUUGCCAUGGAAAGAGGGUUGUUUCUUAUGUUGUUCCUUUUGGUUACGGUGAUUUCUGUGUGUGCCAUCGAUGUGGAAUAUUCACAGUGCAACUGUGAUGAGGAAGGGUUAGGGCUUUGGAGCACACAGAACGUGCUGGUGUGCCAGAAAGUGAGUGACUUUUUCAUUGCCAUAGCAUACUUUUCCAUUCCCAUUGAGCUUCUUUACUUUGUGAGCUGCUCCAAUGUCCCCUUCAAAUUGGUCUUCCUUCAAUUCAUUGCAUUCAUAGUUCUCUGUGGACUGACUCAUUUACUCAAUGCUUAUACUUACUAUGGCCCUCACUCCUUCCAGUUGUUUCUUUCCCUCACUGUUGCUAAGUUCCUCACUGCACUUGUCUCAUGUGCCACUGCCAUUACCUUUCCCACCCUCAUUCCUCUUCUGCUGAAAAUCAAAGUGAGGGAGUUAUUCUUGAGGAAGAAUGUCUUGGAAUUGGGGCAAGAGGUUGGGAUGAUGAAGAAACAGAAGGAAGCUAGUUGGCAUGUUAGGAUGCUCACAUGUGAAAUUAGGAAGUCGCUGGAUAAGCACACAAUCUUGUACACGACCCUUGUUGAGCUUUCCAAGGCAUUAGAUUUGCACAAUUGUGCAGUUUGGAUGCCUGAUGAUUGCAGGAGAGAAAUGCAUUUGACUCAUGAGUUGAAACCAAGCUCAGCAAGGAGUUUUCGCAAUUCUAUUCCUGUUGGUGACCCUGAUGUGUUGGACAUUAAAAAGAGCAAAGGGGUUUGGAUUUUGAGGCCUGAUUCAGCACUAGGAGCAGCAAGUAGUGGUGGUGGAUCUGGGGAUUCGGGUGCCAUUGCAGCCAUUCGCAUGCCAAUACUUCAUGUUUCCAAUUUCAAAGGAGGGACACCAGAGAUGGUUGAAACAUCUUACGGUGUGCUGGUUUUGGUUCUUCCAAAUUCAAACUCCAGGGCUUGGACCUGCCAUGAAAUGGAGAUAGUGGAAGUGGUUGCUGACCAGGUGGCUGUAGCCUUGUCUCAUGCAUCUGUGCUUGAAGAGUCUCAGCUUAUAAGCCAGAAACUUGCAGAGCAAAACCAGGCGUUGCAACUGGCUCAAAAGAAUGCAAUGAUGGCCAGGAAGGCGAGGAGCUCGUUUGAGAAAGUCAUGAGUCAUGGAAUGCGGAGACCUAUGCAUUCAAUCCUGGGUUUGCUUUCAAUGUUUCAAGAGGAUAAUAUAAGAUAUGAACAUAAGAUUGUUAUCGACUCAAUUUUGAAAGUAAGCAAUGCACUCUCACGAUUGAUUAAUGAUGUCAUGGAGAUUGCUGCGAAAGACAAUGGAAGCUUCCAGCUAGAGAUGAAACCUUUCCAUCUACAUUCAAUGAUGAGGGAGGCGUCUUGCACUGCCAAGUGUUUGUGUAUAUAUAAAGGCUUUGGUCUUGAAGUUGAUGUUGACAAGUCUUUGCCUAAUCUGGUCAUAGGUGAUGAGGCAAGGUCUUUCCAAGUAAUUUUACAUAUGAUUGGCUAUUUAUUGAGCGUAUAUGAUAAAGGAACUCUCAUUUUUCAAGUUUAUGUUGAAAGUGAUGGUGGAGAUAAAGAUGAUAGAAAUUUUGGAAUAUGGAGAUCAAGCAUGCAAAAUGACUACAUAAAUAUAAAGUUUAAUUUUCAGAUAAAUGGUAUUAGUUCCCAGUCAGAUGAAUCAGUUUCAACAAGAAUUUACACUGGUAGAAGCUGCAAAAAUGAACCUGAGGAAGGCCUGAGCUUCAGCAUGUGCAAAACGCUGGUGCAGAUGAUGCAAGGUAAUAUUUGGAUAUCAACUAACUCUCUGGGUUUGGCACAAGGAGUGACACUUCUUCUCAGGUUUCAGACAGGAUCAUCUCAGGGAAGAUUCAUUCUUGUACCUAAAGAAUUUUCAAAUUCCCAGUUUAGAGGGCUUAAGGUUGUAUUAGCCGAUGAUGAUGAUGUAAACAGGACUGUGACCAAGAAGCUGCUUGAGAAACUUGGAUGUCAAGUAACUGCUGUUUCAUCAGGAUUCGAAUGUCUUGGUGCUAUGACUGCCUCAGGUAACUCAUUCAGAAUUAUUCUGUUAGAUCUUCACAUGCCUGAAAUGGAUGGUUUUGAAGUUGCAAGAAGGAUUCGGAAAUUCCAAAGCCAUAAUUGGCCCUUGAUCAUAGCUUUUACCGCAAGUGCCGAAGAACACAUAAAGGAGAGAUGUCUACAGGUGGGAAUGAAUGGAUUGAUUAGAAAACCUAUCCUCCUUCGUGAGAUAGCAGAUGAACUUAGAACAGUCCUGGAACGUGCAGGUGAAAAUUUGUGAGAACAAUUUUAACUAUCUAAAAUUUUUUUGGUUCAUCAAAAUUCAUUACUUCGACAUUCUAAAGGAAAACUUGGAAUUCUUAACAAACUAAAUAUACUAGAUAGUAUACUAGGUUCAUUUUGCUAACCAUUUUUCUGAAUGAGUUAGCUUUCUACAAGGUGUAUGUAACUGCUUCCCACCAUCAAACAGAAAAAUGAUCAAAUGCAAAAUUUCUAAAAA